AAAACUAUCUAUGAAACAAGUUAAUCCUUAUAUAGAACAGUAAUAAAAAUCCACACGUGCGUCACAUAUAUCCGAAACACGUUACAUCGUCACCUGAACGCGUUAUACACGUGUGUAUCGUUAUAAUAAAAUACAUUCUCGGUCGAGGACAAAAUUCAUUAUUCCAUCGACGACACGCCAUGCUACAAUUAGACUAUACAUUGUUAGUACUUAUGACAGUUCACCGUGGUAAAAAGUUAGGAAAACAGAGGAAAAAAGAAGCUAGUAGAACUGCGUGACUUUCAUAAUCGACACGGUUCUCGGUCAGUGAACGUAAAGUGUUGAAGGUGUGCAUACACGAUCACGCACCUUCGUAAUGGCGAUGUCUUUUCAUAAUAUCGUAAAACUUUCUGAUGCGAUGUAAAUAAAAUCGUAAUGAUAACGUACAAAGAAUACAUUGCAUUUAACUCUCGUAACACCAACAAAAACCGAAACAAAAUGAUCGCAAAUUCUAUGCAUCAUUGAUCUCGAUCUCUGCUUCAUCGAUCAUUUCUUGCAAAAAACGAAGCAAAGUGUUAAAAUUUCUCUCUCUUUCUCUCUCAAAGAAAAGAGGUAUCAUAAGAACAAUAAGAGCUACAUGAUAUUCCACACGUGUAUCUUAUACAGAGCAAUAAUUAUGGUACACAACGGUAGGAGAACAAGUUGAAACGUCGAGAGAGAAUGCGAAACGUAGAAAGAGGAAAUGCAUGCAAAAACCGUUAUAAGACAAUUUGCAGGUAAAAGAGCUGUGAUUUUUCUUUAUGGUAUUCAAAUAACUUAUGAUCCUUUUCUUGAAAUGGAUUUCAAAGUCUAAAAUUCCAAUGAUAGGAAUAAGUCCUGAGUAUAUACAUAAAUUAUAGAUGAGCUGUAACUGUCCAUUAAACCCAUCGACUGGACCAACACUGGCAUCAACAUGCGGUGGUUCGUCCUUUAUGCUAUUCAUGGGUCUUUUAGAAGUAUUUCUUCGUAGUCAGUGCGACCUCGAAGAUCCGUGCAAUAGACCUCUACCACCUCCUACCGUUAAUUCCAGGUAUGAUUUCGUAGUUAUCGGAGGUGGAAGUGCAGGUGCAACAGUUGCAUCACGAUUAUCAGAGGAACCACGAUUUUCGGUGUUAUUGUUAGAAGCUGGAUUAGAUGAACCCACCGGGACGCAGAUACCUUCGUUCUUUUUCAAUUUCAUUGGGACUGACAUCGAUUGGCAGUAUAAUACCGAAAGUGAAGAUACUGCGUGUCUAAAUAAAGAUGAUCGAAAAUGUUAUUGGCCCAGGGGGAAAGUUCUGGGUGGAACCAGCGUUAUGAAUGGCAUGAUGUAUAUAAGGGGCUCGCGAAAGGAUUACGACGACUGGGCGAGGCUAGGUAACAUAGGAUGGUCUUAUCAAGACGUCCUUCCAUAUUUCAUCAGGAGCGAGGAUAAUCUUCAAGCAAACACCAUGGAUUAUGGUUAUCACGGUGUUGGUGGGCCACUCACGGUCACGCAGUUCCCUUAUCAUCCGCCCUUGAGUUAUUCUAUUCUCGAAGCUGGAAAAGAACUUGGUUAUGGUAUCGCGGAUCUAAAUGGACGAACUCACACUGGAUUCGCUAUAGCCCAAACGACCUCCAGAAAUGGUUCACGACUUUCCACUGCCCGGGCAUUUUUACGACCAGCUAAAAAUCGUCCAAAUCUUCAUAUAAUGCUCAACUCCACGGCCACUAGAAUAUUGUUUGACAACAACAAAAGGGCAGUUGGUGUAGAAUUUGUUCAUGAUGGAAAGAUCCAUCGAGUCUCUGUGGCUAAAGAAGUAGUCAUAAGUGGAGGUGCCGUUAAUUCACCACAAAUACUUUUGAACAGUGGUAUCGGUCCUCGGGAAGAAUUGAAUGCUGUUGGUGUUCCGGUUAUUCAUGAUUUACCUGGUGUAGGUAAAAAUCUUCACAAUCACGUCGCCUAUACACUGGCCUUCACUAUCAAUGAUACUGAUACGACUCCCCUUAACUGGGCAACUGCAAUGGAAUAUCUUCUCUUCAGAGAUGGAUUGAUGUCUGGUACAGGUAUUUCCGAGGUAACAGCGAUGAUAAAUACGAAAUACGCGAAUCCAAAGGAUGAUCAUCCAGAUGUUCAGUUGAUAUUCGGUGGAUACCUAGCAGACUGCGCAGAAACAGGUAUGGUCGGUGAAACGAAGGGUAAUAACCGAACCAUUUACAUCAUUCCAACAUAUCUUCAUCCGAAGAGUCGUGGUUACCUUCGUCUACGAAAUAACGAUCCUCUUUCGAAGCCGUUAAUCUAUCCGAAGUAUUUGAGCCAUCCUGAUGACGUAGCAGGCCUUAUAGAGGCUAUUAAAUUCAGUAUCAGGUUAUCUGAAACUGAGGCUCUCAGCAGAUAUGGAUUUCAAUUAGAUCGUACACCUGUGAAAAAUUGUGAACACUUAGAAUUCGGUUGCGAUGCUUAUUGGGAAUGCGCUGUAAAACAUGAUACUGCACCAGAAAACCAUCAAGCAGGUUCUUGCAAAAUGGGCCCACCGGACGAUCCUCUCGCUGUAGUAGACAAUCAAUUAAGAGUCAGAGGAGUGAGAGGUGUCAGAGUAGCGGAUACUAGUAUCAUGCCAAGGGUUAUUUCCGGUAACACAAAUGCGCCCGCCAUUAUGAUAGGAGAACGCGCCGCAGACUUCAUCAAGAGGACCUGGGUCGGCUGA